AUGAAUCGAGAACUCGAGGAAACUUCUUAAAACCAAGAAAAUAAAAUUUCAAAAGAUGAAGAUGAAAAGAAGUUCAAAUUACUUAAAGAGCAUUUUAGAGUUUAAUUCAAAGAAUCAUAUAAAUAUAUAGGUAAAAUUAUUCUCUAGCGUAUUAGGUUUUAAUUUACUUUUCAGUUUUGGAAAGUACUUAGUUUGUUUUUAUAGUUUAUAGCAACGCGAUCAACAAUGCGAUGUUAAUCCAUUAUUUGUUUGGUUGACCAUUGUUGGCAUGUAUGAAUUUUUCAAUUCGAUCAGGUAUUUAUUCCUUACAUGUUUUAGGUAUUUGGCUGUGCUCUAUUCAUUAUAAAUGAAUUCAAAAGAUAUCUUUUUACUAGUCAUGGCAGAAAUGUUGACGAAGGAUUCUGAAGAAUAAAUGAAUCUUUAAGGAAUGGAAGAAAAGAAUAAGUAAAAAAAUAAUUCUAAAAUAAACUUUAGACGAAAUCAAAUAAAAACUCUCAUCAAAAUGAAAUUAUCAACGAGAGACAUAAGAUAAGAAGAAUUAAUAGCUGAACCACCAUUUACUCAAUAUGAAAUAAUACACUAAGCAGAGGCAUUGAAUAAAUACACUCGUCUUAUGAAAGUCUACAAUUAAUUCAUCUUCUACCUUAUAUUUACAGGAGGUAACAUCGCAUACUUCCAAUCAGAUUCCAAUGAUUGUGAUGAUAGUAACUCUUUUCAAUUAAUUUAAUACUAGGUUUAAACAAUGUUACUUUUGUUCUACUUCUGAUAGGGUAUUUGUUUUCUGCUUUUCUGAUUAUUGGAUUUGGAUUGGCCAUAAUAUCAAUGGCCUUAUAUAUGCCUAUUAUCCUCUUUCUAUUUAUAUUUAAAACUCUAGGUAAAAUAUUCAAGAGACUUCAAACUAAAGUAAUAAUGCUAAUUCAAUUUUAGAAUAAGUUCAAAAAAAUGAAAAAGUUCGAAUACAAAAGUGGCCCUGAGUUCUCUGCCAUCUAACAAUGCAAUAUUUGUAUGUGUGAUUAUGAAGAUAAUGAUUUAAUAGUACAAUUGCCAUGCAGUAUUAAGUAAAUCGACCAUUUUAUAUAUUAUAGGCAUCAUUUCCAUGAUCAUUGUCUUCAACAAUGGGUUAUUAUUAAAUAGUAAUGUCCCGUCUGUCGUAAAUUAAUUUGA